AUGGCGUCCAGGGAAGGGCGGGGAUGCUUUCUGUGCUCGUGUUGCAAACCACGGGAUGACAACACGGAGGAAAUGACUGUGCUUGGUGCCAACCGAGAAGAACAAGGUAGCCUUCCACAGAAAGAUUAUGAGAGUUUAAACUAUGACCUUUGUCACAACGAUGUCUAUGCUCAGAUGAUUGAGACAAGAAAUAAAAAAACUGCCAAAACUUUAGAUUUUAUGAAGUGGAUUACGACCUUUCUGAUUGGUGUAUUUACUGGCAUGGUUGCCUUCUUUAUCGACUAUUUUGUUAAAUUAUUGAACAAAUGGAAGUUUAGUUCUGUAGAAACUUCUGUUCUAGCCUGUGGACAACAUGGUUGCUUAGUAUUAUCAUUAUUACUGUUGAUUGCUUUUAAUGGUGGAUUUGUUUUAAUUUCCAGCUGUCUUGUAGCUUUAGAACCCGUAGCAGCUGGUUCUGGUAUUCCAGAAAUUAAAUGUUAUUUAAAUGGUAUAAAGAUACCGCAUAUAGUGAGGCUGAAAACUCUGCUGUCUAAGGCAGUGGGUGUGCUAUUUAGUGUUGCUGGAGGUUUAUUUGUUGGUAAAGAAGGUCCCAUGAUUCAUAGCGGUGCCAUAAUUGGGGCUGGUAUCCCACAAUUCAAGAGUAUCACGUUCAAAAGAUGUAAAUGUAACUUUCCUUAUUUUCGAACUGAUAGGGAUAAAAGAGAUUUUGUGUCUGGGGGAGCUGCUGCUGGCGUUGCAGCUGCAUUUGGUGCCCCAAUCGGUGGUGUUUUAUUUAGCCUUGAAGAAGGAGCAUCUUUUUGGAAUCAGAGUUUAACAUGGCGAACUUUUUUCUGUUCCAUGUCAGCUACCCUGACGCUGAAUUUCUUCUUAUCGGGGGUAGACUACCAGAGAUGGGGAGCUUUGAGUCAGCCAGGCUUGAUAGACUUUGGUGUUUUUAAAUGUGAAGGGGAAAACCAAUGUAAUUUAUGGACAUUUGUAGAUUUGUUGAUAUUUAUUUUAAUGGGAGUGGUCGGUGGUUUGCUCGGUGCAUUAUUUAAUUCUUUAAAUACGGCGUUAUCGAAGCACCGAUUGAAAUAUGUGAACACAAGAAGUAGAUGCGUCAGAGUUGUAGAGGCUGUGUUUGUUGCCAUGGUAACUACCACAUUAGCAUUUGUUGCAGCGAUGACACUGGGCGAGUGUAAAGAAAUUCCAGAUGCAAAUUCAACUUUUGUUGACAAUAACACUUACACUAUAAGUGAAAUAGAAGAGUCCGUCAGAACGUUCUUUUGCGAUGAUGGCUAUUACAACGACAUGGCUACUUUGUUUUUUAAUCCACAAGAAACUGCUAUUAAACAGUUAUUCCAUCAAGACGGUGCCUUCAGUCUGCCUUCUUUGGGUAUAUUCUUUAUACUGUUUUAUUUCCUGGCGUGUUGGACGUAUGGUAUUAUGGUUCCGAGUGGUUUGUUUGUGCCGUCUUUACUCUGUGGCGCAGCCUAUGGUAGAUUUGUUGGGACUGUUCUCAAAAGGUACCUUGGUUACCACCAUAUAUAUUCUGGUACGUUUGCGUUGAUUGGUGCAGCUGCAUUCCUUGGUGGUGUGGUACGAAUGACAAUCAGUUUAACGGUGAUAUUGAUAGAGAGUACCAAUGAAAUCAGCUACGGAUUCCCUAUCAUGGUCACACUUAUGGUUGCUAAGUGGGUGGGUGAUCUAUUCAACCAUGGUAUAUACGAUAUACAUAUCCAACUAAAAAAGAUUCCAUUACUUGGUUGGGAGGCACCCCCAGGAAUGGAAAGUUUACGAGCACACGAAGUGAUGGACACCAACAUAGUGUAUAUAUAUCCACACACCAGAGUACAGUCCAUUGUUAGUAUAUUGAGAACUACCAGACAUAAUGCCUAUCCUGUUGUGACUGAAUGUGUUGGGAAAUCUGCAGAAAGAACAAUCAGAUCUAAUACAUUGGCAAGCCACAAUAUAGAAUACAGGAGAGGCAGUACACUCACUAGAGCUGCUGAAGUCAAAAGAAGAACAUUUUCACAAAGUUCACUGGAGUUAAGAAGAAGUAACAGUGUAAACUCACAAACGGGAAUCAGACGAAGUAACAGUGAUUUAACUCCUGAAGAGAGCAUUAACAAUUUACUCUUGGACAGUCGCCCAGAACCAUACAAGGCAUACUAUCCUGAUGACAAUCGUCCAUUAGAAGAAGAAUAUAAAGCCGUAACAUUUCAUGGUUUGAUAUUACGAUCACAGCUAGUUACAUUGUUAAACAAUAGGAUAUAUUAUCCAGAAAGUACAAUGAGUUCUUGCCAGCCACACCUCACUUAUGAUGACUUGACCGAAGAUUAUCCUCGAUAUCCGGAUAUUUAUGAUUUAGAUUUAACACAAAUAAAUCCAAGGAUGAUUAUGGAUGUUACACCGUACAUGAAUCCAUGUCCUUACACGGUGUCGGCUCAUACACCAGUACCUCAUGUUUAUAAUUUAUUUCGUACCAUGGGACUCAGGCAUAUAAUUGUUAUAAGCAGUAUUGGGGAGAUUCUUGGAAUGAUUACUAGACAUGAUCUGACAGAUGAUAAUCUAAAAGAAAAACUGAGACUUCAUCGUCAUGACAACAGGUAG